AUGCGCAUGGACGCGACCACUGGCUGGCUUACUCAAGAAGGCCGAUGCCUCGCCAUUGAGCCGGACGGAGACCAAUGGCGAUUGGCUUCUGUGCUUUGUGACGCUACUGAUGGAAGCCAGAAAUGGGUUUUUGAGAAAACUGCUUCUUUUGGUACGAUAAAGAUUACUAAUAGAAGGUCAAGCAUGCUGAUUCGGCUGUUUCUGCUGGCCUGCGUUCUGGCAGCAUGCCAGGCGCUCUACUUCCACAUUGCCGAGACGGAGAAGAAAUGCUUUAUUGAGGAAAUCCCCGAUGAAACCAUGGUGAAUUUAUUCUGCCUCCAAUUGCUUUAAUU